UAAAGAGGAAAAGGAGGAACCAGAACCUCCAGAGAUUAAAGAGGAACAGGAUGAACCAGAACCUCCACAGAUGAAAGAGGAACAGGAUGAACAAGAACCUCCACAAAUUAAAGAGGAACAAGAGGAACUUGACAGCAUUCAGCAGGAAGAACAUCUUGAACUGAACUAUGAGAUUGAUUUCUUGAUGAAGACUCCUACUGAUGAGCAUAGUGAACCAGGACCAAACAAUGAUCAUCUCCUCUCUCAGAACGCUGCUGUACCUGAGAUAGACUUUAAGAACAAGUCUGUAAUGAAAAAACAUUACAGACUCCACACAGUUGAGACACCUUAUCAUUGCAGUACAUAUUUUAAAAGUUUCAUGAAGAGAAAUGAUUUGAUGUCAUCCACCAAGACUCAGACAUAUGAAAAACCAUGUCCUUGCAAAGCAUGUGGGAAACAUUUGAGUCAAACUGUUGAUUUGAAUAAACACAUGGGGACUCAUACAGGUGAGAAGAAGUACAGUUGUGACACAUGUGGUGAAAACUUCACUGAAAGACGUACUUUAACAAAGCACAUGAGGACUCACACAGGUGAGAAACGGUAUGGUUGUGACACAUGUGGUAAAACCUUUAAUCGACGCGGUAAUUUACACAAACACAUGAAGAUUCACACAGGUGAGAAGCCGUACGUUUGUGACACAUGUGGUAAAACCUUCACUGACAGAACUACUUUAACUGUUCACAUAAGGACUCACACAGGCGAGAAGCCAUACGGUUGUGACACAUGUGGUAAAAUGUUCCAUCGGGAUGGUACUUUAAAAAAUCACAUGAGGACUCACACAGGUGAGAGGCCCUAUGGUUGUGAGACAUGUGGUAAAACCUUUACUGAACGAACUAAUUUAAAACAGCACAUGAGGACUCACACAGGUGAGAAGCCCUACAGUUGUGACACAUGUGGUAAAACAUUCAAUAAAAGAUGUACGUUAACUGACCACAUGAGAAUUCACACAGGUGAGAAGCCGUAUGGUUGUGAAACAUGUAGUAAAACCUUCAGUCAAAGAAGUGCUUUAACUGAUCACAUGAGGACUCACACAGGUGAGAAACCCUACGGUUGUGACACAUGUGGGAAAACCUUCAGUCAAAGAUUUACUUUAACUGAUCACAUGAGGACUCACACAGGUGAGAAGCCCUACGGUUGUGACACAUGUGGGAAAACCUUCAAACGAAGUUCUCAUUUAACUACUCACAUGAGGACUCACACAGGUGAAAAACCAUACGGUUGUGAAACAUGUGGUAAAACCUUCACUGAAAGAGGUACUUUAACUGGUCACAUGAGAACUCACACGUGAAAAUGUGUCGUCUUGAAACAUCUGUGUGGGGAAAAAAGCAGAGUUUAAAAAAAAACUCGUCAGGAAUUUUUUCAGGUUAAUCUUUCUUGUGGAAAUCUGAUCAUAUUAUUUUUUGAGAUGAAAUAUUUUUUAAAAAUAAAUAAAUUUUUAGUUUGUUUUUGUUUUAUGUGGCUUCCUUUUAGAUGCUUCAUUUACCUACUUUCAUAACCAGUUUUUAUUGGUAAAGAGUUUUUCAACUUCAACUUAUUUACUGUUUUAUUACUUUUUAUUAAUUUUUCAUCUAUUUGUUUCAGUGUCUGGGCUGGGACCCCUCGGCAUGGGGGGGUCUGCUAAAUCUGCUAUAAAAAAAAGAAUGUUGGAGAAAAUAUUGUGAGAGAGUGAGAGUUCGGAACAUCAGUGAAAUUUGGCGGGUGGUAGGUCCUGUCUCUGUUGGUAUCUGGGAUACCAGUUUUAGAGAAUGGGGGAAUGUUUGCUACCAGAUGUUGAAAACGCAAAAGUGUCUGAGAAUAAAAGCGGUUCAUGGUGGUGAAAACAUAGGUGAAGAGGACAUAAACAACGGGAAUGAAACAUUAGUGAAUUACAAAUAUGUGAUGGAGUUGAAUUAAGAAGAUACAGAUGUCUAUAACGUAUAUUUUCCUAAAGGUGAACUGCAGAGAGCAAUAGAAAGAGGAAAAUUGUUAGCUCCUGCAAAGGAUGGUAUAAGCUAUGAGAUUGUUCAGAACCUAAAUGACUCGUUACUGGAUGAACCGUUAUCUUUAGUUAAUAGUGUAUGGAUAGAGGAGACUCUCCCUAGUUCUUGGAAGCAAGCAGUGAUAGUUCCAAUUGUAAAACCUGGGAAAGAUGCCUCCGGAGCAGAUUCAUAUAGACCUAUUGCACCUAUUGUUGACCUAUUGUUUUAGUCUGUUUUGAAGAAAGUAAUGAAAUAAAUCUAUUUCACUAUACAUUAGACAAACUGCAAAAGCGACUGUGACUAUGUGUAGCAAAUCCCUUUUUGGUUUUAUGAUUGCUGUUUCUCAUUUUGUCCACCACAGGGCAGCUUGGACAAAUGUUUUGGCCAAAUUCUUGUUAAUUCUGUAAAUGUGUUUAUUUUGCUAGAUAAUUUCAUCUAAUCUUAUCUAAACAUGCAAUUGGAACAUGUACACAUCGUAAUAAUAUGGAAUCUGUCCAACAUGUACUGGUUGAUUGUAAGGCCUACAAGGAAGAGAGGAACACAUUGAAAAUAACAGAGCAGAAAGCAAAGUAGGUUUCAGUGUAGAGAACCUCCUGGGUGAAAAAGGAAAGAUAACACACAACCUCCUGAAUGGAACAUGGUUAAUGGAUACAUUUUAUUUAUUUAUUUGUGUGUUUUUGUUUGUUUGUUUCACUGAUGAACGGAUCCAUACUCCAGUCCGGUAGAUGGCGGGAAUAUGCCUACAAGUUGGUUUUCUGUCGCAAAUCAAUCCAAAAGAAGAAUAAAAACGGCUGCACUUG